UUUAUAUUAUAAGUUGUUCAAAAUUAGCCACAAAUUGCACGAGAGAGAGGAGAGAGAGAGGAACACUCACUGCACCAUAAGGGUUUCUUGGAGUUACUGGUUGUGAAUUCGCGAAACAGGAACCCGCAUUUCCAACCGUUGAAUUAUCCUCCGUUGGCGCGUGGCGAAGGAAUUUCUUCCGCCAUUAUACAGUUUUUUUUACGGUGAGCAUAUGAAUCCAUUGUGAAUUGGAGUUUCUGAUUCCGAGAAACCGUUGAUCGGUCGGUCUUUUGUUGCCGUUUACUCUUGGAGAUUUUCGAGGUGAUUGGGGGUUUCCGCGAAGCUUUUCGAUAGUCAAAGGAUGAGUUCUAGACGAUGUCCACUGCAGACCUGUGGAGUUUCAUUUGUGGCCAUAGCCCACAGCGCCAUCUCAAGAGCCCAGGUUCUUGAUGGACGGCUGGGUUCAACCACAAGAAAGAUGAUCCGGCUAGCCAAUAUAAUGAACCCUUUGAUUUUUGCCCUGCACUAUCAGUUCGUACUGGUCCUCACCUUCAUUGAUGAUGGUUUUCUUGCAACUGCAAACAUUGUGGAGAAKAUCUUUCCUCCAUCCAAACUUGUUUUUGAUAAGAUUGACGACCUUCUUCUUCUGAUUGAAACUUUGCCAGUAAAAUUUGAUGAUGCUGUUGACAAGCUCCCCUGUUUCAACCAGGUUCCGCUUCUGGAUUGGGCAGUGAUUCACGCCAUAUCAUUGCUCAAGUUCAUGAUAGCCAUACUUAUGAACUGGGUAAAAGAUGGUAUCAGAGAGAAGGAAAUUUUGGUCGAUAUGAACUGUAAYGAGGGACGCAAUGCAUCUGAAUCAGCUGACAUGGAUGAGAAAAUGAAAUCCGACACCACAAAGAACACUAGUUAUAAAGAAGUUCAGAAAAAAGGGGUGGAAUAUGAUGAAGAUUGCAAAGAAAAUGAGAAGGGCACUUACAAAAAAGCCAUGGAAGAGGGAAGAAAAGAAGCAGUGGGAGAUAAAGCAGACUGCAAAAACGAUGAGAAGAAAGUGGAGAAGGGAAUAAAAGAGAGUUCCAAAAUGGAAGCAUCUGUGGGAAAAGCUGAAGGAAAUGGAGAAAUUGCAGAUCACAGCAACAAAGAGAAAUCAGAAGGGGAAGAUGAGAAGGAAGAAGAAGAGGCAAUGGAUUACGGAAAAGAAGAGGGAAAAAAAGGAAGAAUGGAGAAAAAGGAUGACAUUUUGGAACUGUUCGAGACUGCUUGGCUCAUGAAACCAACAGGAAAGGGGAAAGGAAACUUGCUGCCACGUUCAGCUUCAUAUGUAUGAGAUAAUUGACAGAAUUUGGCAAAUUCUUGUUGGUGAUUUUUUGCAAAACUGGGUUUUGAAAGUUGUAUAUUUUGUAUAUAGAAGAAUCCUGAUGCUGUAGAAAUGAAAUUGUUUGGGGUUUGUUUAACUUUACACAAUUUAAAAAGAGUUUGAAUCGUAAUGGAUUUAAACUUAUUUCUUUUGUUAA